ACUUACAUGCUAGCUGUACUUACCUGAGCAGAUUAAACACACAAUUAAUGAUUCAAACACGUUGAAAGAAGAUGUUUAGGCUACCGGAGGAAAUGCAUAUUAUCUAAACCGGUGAUGACUUUUGGCUAACGCAACUAGCUAACGUAAAAUAGCUAAAUUAAUGCUCGUCUUCUCCACUGGAUUCUGACAGUUUGGAGAACACGGGGUUAAAAAAUGCCUCAGUCAGCCGCUACCAUCAGUGGGAUCCAGAGGAUGGUUCUGUACGAAACCAGAGCCAGGUAUUUUUUGGUGGGAACCAAUCAGGCACAAACAAGACACAGAGUCCUGAAGAUUGACCGCACUGAGCCCAAGGACCUGGUCAUCAUUGAUGAUAAGCAUGUGUACAACCAGCAAGAGGUCCGGGAGUUGCUGGGCCGCCUGGACCUGGGAAACCGCACCAAGAUUGGGCAGAAGGGUUCUUCGGGACUGUCCAGGUCUUUCUCAGCCUUUGGCAUUGUGGGUUUUGUGCGUUUCCUUGAAGGCCACUACAUUGUGUUGAUCACCAAGCGUAGAAAGAUGGCCGACAUUGGUGGCCACUCCAUCUACAAAAUUGAAGACACCAGCAUGAUCUACAUUCCCAAUGACUCUGUCAGGGUUACACACCCGGAUGAAGCAAGAUAUGUGCGUAUCUUUCAGAACGUGGACCUAUCCAGUAACUUUUACUUCAGCUACAGCUACGACCUCAGCCAUUCGCUGCAGUACAACCUCACUCUGCUGCAGAGGCCUUACGAGCUGUGGUCGUCACCAACUUCCUUCGCUGAGGAAGAAGUACAAAAACAGAGCAAGCAUGACAGCUUCGACAUCUUUGAAGACGAGGGUCUACCGACACAAGUGCUUUACGGCGUGCAGAGCGAGCCGUACCACAAGUACGUGUGGAACGGGAAGCUGCUGGAACGAGUCAAGGACAUAGUGCAUCGUGACUGGCUCAUGUAUAUAAUCCACGGCUUUUGUGGCCAGUCCAAGCUUCUGAUCUACGGCCGACCGGUUCACAUCACCCUUAUUGCCAGGCGCUCCAGCAAAUUUGCCGGUACUCGCUUCCUCAAAAGAGGAGCCAACUGUGAGGGGGAUGUGGCUAAUGAAGUGGAGACAGAGCAGAUCGUCAAUGACGCCUCAGUCAUGUCCCUCACAGCAGGAAGUUACUCCUCAUACGUCCAGGUGCGAGGUUCAGUCCCGCUCUACUGGUCCCAGGACAUUUCCACCAUGAUGCCAAAACCCCCAAUACGAUUGGACCAAGCGGACCCCUACGCCCACGUGGCUGCGCUCCAUUUUGACCAGAUGCUGCAGCGUUUCGGCUCUCCCAUCAUCAUCCUCAACCUGGUCAAGAAAAGAGAGAAAAGGAAGCACGAGAAGAUUCUGAGUGAAGAGCUCUACCCAGCUGUGAUCAACCUCAAUCAGUUCCUCCCUCCAGAAAACUGCAUCGAUUACAUUGCCUGGGACAUGGCCCGCUACACCAAGAGUAAGUUGUGCAACGUCCUGGACCGUCUGAGUAUGAUCGCAGAGAACGUGGUUAAGCGCACAGGUUUCUUCAGUAAUCGCUCCAACUUCUACUGUCACACCAUCAGACCGGAUGACCGGUGGGGGGAUUUAGGUGGAUACAUCACAGCCAGUGGUCGGGUGCAGACGGGUGUGUUGCGGACCAACUGCGUGGACUGUCUGGAUCGGACCAACACUGCUCAGUUCAUGGUGGGGAAGUGUGCGUUGGCCUAUCAGCUUUAUGCACUAGGAAUGAUUGACAAGCCGAAACUCCAGUUUGACACCGACUGUGUGAGGUUGUUCGAGGAGCUGUACGAGGACCACGGAGACACUUUGUCGCUGCAGUACGGCGGCUCCCAGUUGGUCCACAGGGUCAAGACCUACCGCAAGAUCGCUCCCUGGACACAACACUCAAAGGACAUCAUGCAGACACUGUCGCGCUACUACAGCAAUGCUUUCUCAGAUGCUGACCGACAGGACGCCAUCAACUUGUUUCUUCAGGUCUACCAGCCAUCAGAGUCCAAGCCGCACCUGUGGGAGCUGCCCACCGACUUCUACCUGCAUCAGAGGAACACCAUGGCGCUCCCCCUGGACAGACGCAGUUACACAAUGUGGUGGUCAGCAGGAAUCUUGCCCUACCUCCCUGUGGCCUAUGAUGAAGUCUCCUGCGAGGACACCAGGAAGAAGGUCAAAGUGAGGAGAGUGAACCGCUUUGAGGAGAGCAUCGACAUCUACACCGAAUUCUUCAAACCGUACGAGCUCACCUCCUUCGAUGACACCUUCUGCAUCGCCAUGACCAACUCUGCCAGGGAAUUCAUGCCCAAGACAGUUGGAGUGGACCCAAGUCCCUUCACAGUCCGCAAGCCAGAGGAAACGGGAAAGUCAGUGCUGGGCAACAAGAGCAGCAAGGAGGAGACGCUGCUCCAGAGGAAAACUGCAGCCAGCGCGCCUCCUCCCCCGAGUGAAGAGGCCAUCAGCAGCACGUCGGAGGACGACUCUGAGGAGGACCGCGACGAUGACGCCUCCGUGUCCCAACGCUCCACCCCAAUCAAGCUGCUCACGGAGUCUGGAGAGAGCACCCGCACACAGGAGGAGAUCCAGCAGCAGUCGGUAAAAGAGCCCUACGGACUCAAUCUGGCUGAGUUUCCUGCUGAGACAGACCUGCUCAUUUAUGAAAGGUUUGCACAUCUGGGUGAGAGCCAGCACAGGGUGGAAAGAACCGAACGCAUAAACCUUGCAAACAUCAUCUGCCUAGAGCCGGUGUCCUGCUUCCCGGAGGACAGCAUCUACAGCCUCUCUCCACCGCAGGUUGACCGAGACAGCCGGGAGGAGUUUGAGAGCAGCGUGCUGACGGGUCGGGGGCAGGUGCGGGCGCUCUGCAGGGAGGACAUGUUGAUGUACCGCGAGUACGUCAAGAACAGAUACAUGUAAGACGGAGACGACACAGAGACCAUGCCGACCGGGUCUCUGUCACCGAUAUGCAAAUCCUGAUUGGCUGAUCCAAUCGCUUUGACCUGACUUUGUUUUGAGCUGCAGGACGGAGCGAGAGACAGUUUUUCCUGCAGAUGAGGUUGCAUGUGCCACCCAUGUGUCCUGUAUUUGGACCAGGUUGAUUUUCUUUUUUGUUUUAAUGUGCCCUUUGUUUUGUUGCUUUAAAUCUUAUGCAGGUAUGUGAGUUUGUCCAUAUGCGUUAGCAGGCUACCUCUGUGGUGCUUUUUUGUAUUUAUUUCAAUUCAAUUUUAAUUGCAACUGUUUUAAUAAAGUUUAUUUUAUUAAAUUGUAUGUAUUGAACUUAAAUUGUUUGGACUCUGAAGUAUUUUGAAUCUUAAAUAUUUAAAUAGCAUUCGGGGCAUUCAUUUAGCUGUUUAAGAACAUAUCCAGAUAACGUUGUUUUCUUUUUGUCAUCACAUAAAAGUCAUCACUGAUACCUCGACAUUGUGGGUCUUUUAGUUUACAAAACUUCACACUGAUUUAGUUUGGCCUAAAUGCAUCUCAGCUGAUUACUACCUAACAUGUAUUUAUGAGCACAGCGCUUCAAAAAGGCUUUACUCCUCUACUUUUUAUGCUGUAUGUAUUGUUUACGCACGUAUUGUCACAAAAACAUUUAUCGCUCUUCACUCCCUCCAACUGUCCUCUCAUUUCUUCCUACUUCAUUCUUCUCGCCUGAUUCAGCCUUUCCACUUGUAUGCUGUCAGUCACACUUUCUCCUCACUUCAGAUGACGGAAUAUGCUUUAUAAGUCACGCAUCGAAAAUAAAACCUGGAACUUCACCUG